GGACAACAAAGAAAAGAAAACACUUGUCCAGAAAACAUCAAGACACCCAAACAAUGUCUUCAAAUAUUUUUGGGUGGGUGCCUAUCUUGUCCGUGGUGGCCAUACAACUCCUUGUACGCAGCGUUUCUUCCCAAAACGUUACCAAUGACUAUUUGCACCACCAAUGCAACAACACCCAAAGGAUAUACAAACCAGGGAGUACAUAUGAGAAGAAUCUUAACCAAGUCAUCCGUAACAUCUCUCACGUCCAUCUUCGCUACGGUUACACCUACAGCUCUAAUGUUGAAGCUUACGAAGUUAGUAAGGAUCCCAACAUUGUCUUCGUUUUGCUCCAGUGCCGCGGUGACUCUUACGGGUCCAAGUGCCACUCCUGCCUCCACACAGCCCUCUCUGGGCUUCGUGAGAGAUGUCCGGGAAAGAGAGGAGCAAUAAUAUGGUACGACCAGUGUGUUUUGGAGAUUUCUACUGUCAAUACCGAUGGGAGGAUCCGUUACGACAGCUUUUUCAAUAUGACCAACCAAAAGAAUGUGAGCAGCGAUCCGGAUCGGUUUAAAAAUAAAAGGAGGGAUCUUUUCCACAAGCUAUUGCUGGGAGCCACCAAGGAUAGAAGUGAAAGCAACGAUUCGUACGCUGUGGGGGAGACGAGAAUAGGGAAAAAUAAGAUGUAUGCAAUGGUGCAGUGUGCGCUACACUUAACGCCGAACGGUUGCCAUGUGUGUCUAGAAUGGAUUACCGGAACGUAUGUAAGGUUCUACUUCGACCAUAGACAAGGAGGGAGAGUUUUGGGUAGGAGUUGUAGCUUAAGGUAUGAGCUUUACCCUUUUCUAAGAAGGUAAAAAAAGUUUAAGAUUUGGCUCCAUUUCUCUCUACCUCUCACUGUCUCUCCUAAUAUAUACAGUUCAGUUCGAUAUCUGUUUAAAUUAUAGUGCAAUGGGCGAAUCAAAAAUGUUCUCCUUUUACGUUUGCAUGUCUGUUUUUUCUCUUUUCUUAUAAAAGAAAUAUAAAACACACAGGAGAAACUGUA